GGUUCGGCGCGGGGACAGGCCGGGGUUCGGCGCGGGUACAGGCCCGGGGACAGGCCGGGGUUCGGCGCGGGGACAGGCCGCUCCAACAUGAACUGCCAGGAGCAGGAUGAUCCGUAUCUGGUAGAGGAGCCGAGUGACCAGGAAGAUCUGAGUUCCAGCUCUGAAGAUGAGUUAGAAGUUCUCCUUCAUGGUACACCUGAACGCAAACGCAAGCUGAUCAAGGAGUACUUAACGGGGGAAAGCGAGUCCAGCAAUGAUGAAUUUGAGAAAGAGAUGGCAGCAGAACUGGAUUCCACCAUGAAGGUUAUUGAGCACAGCUGGACAUUAGCACCUGAAGGUGCUUCCUCUAGUAUUGAAAGCUGUCACACCCAACCUGUUCCUGGGCCACAGUACUAUGAUGAAGUCUACUUCGACUCGGACUCUGAGGCUGAAGAUGAACAAAAUGAUUGCUUUGGAGCAAAGGAAAUCUCACAGCCUUCCCUUCUUCUGCAAUUCAAGAAUGAAUUUAAUGACACUUGGACAGCCCCGCUAAACAUUGCCUUAAUCCUUGCAGAAGAAUGUGACUCAAAGAAGAAACGCAAGAAGAGGCAGAAGGUCCUGACAAACGAUGAGCUGUUGUACGAUCCGGAUCAAGAUGAUCGUGAUCAGGCUUGGGUUGACAGGCAGAGGAGAGGGUACCGUGGGCUUAAUAACCGGUCAAAUCAGUCCAAAACUGCGCCUGUUCCAACCAGCGAUGCAGUUCUGAACUGUCCCGCAUGUAUGACAACUCUGUGCCUGGAUUGCCAGCGGCAUGAAUUGUACAAAGAGCAGUACAGGGCUAUGUUUGUGAUGAAUUGUAUCAUUAACAGAGGAGAAGUUCUCAAAUAUAAGGAGCCAGCAAACCAGAAGAGAAGGAACAGAUAUAAGAGAGUCAAAGGCCCAACAGAAUUGACUGCUUCACCACAGGAUGGUGAGAAGGAAGAGUUGUACUAUCCAGUGCGCUGCGCAGAGUGUUCAGUGGAAGUGGCUGUGUUUGACAAAGAUGAAGUAUAUCAUUUCUUUAAUGUUCUUGCCAGCCACUGUUAACAAAAAAGACUGCUUGGAUUUAAGAGGCACCUUAAAUUCUGCUCCUGUUUUUUUCAAAAACUUACACAAUAAUUGUCAGAAUGGAUGUGUCCAGGCCUUGGUCAGAUGGUGGAAUGAACAAAUAGAUCAGUGUGGUGCUCAACUGAUUGGACACUAAACAGCAGUAUUUGAUCCUCUAACAGUGCCAUCAAGAUGGUCCCAUCUGGGACUCCUGAUCUGUGCUAAAGUUAAAGCAGCAGUUAGUCAUCCUUGGUAAAUUCAUGAGGACUGGCUCUGUUCGUGCUAGCCCCUCAGUUGCCCCACUGCUGCUUCCUACCCAACCUGGCAAAGAAAGAACAUUUUAAGGUACUCAUAGCCUGAGCCUAAUCUAAUGCCAAUACUACCACUAAAGACCAAGGAGGAGGGAACAAUUUAAAAGCAUGAUUGUUUUAUAUAGAAAUAGUCUUACUGUACUCUAACUCUAAAUGGAUGUGACUAAAUAAAUUGUUUUGCUAUUUGCUGAA